AUGUCGGCCGCUCUCAUCAACAGGUCACUUACUACCAUCCGUACGGAACUCGAGUUCUUGCAUGACUCGGAAGUCAUUGAUCAGGCUCUCUAUGACAGACUCACAUCGUCACUUCCCCAGAAAUACUCCAAGGACAUGUCUCCUUGGGGUGUAGACAAGGUCUCCAACCACGGCGAGUCCUCCAAUAACGAUAAGUCAUCAUCAUCUGUGGAUGCUGUGAGUAAUUCGCUAGCAAUGGUCACCGUUCAGGACAAGAUUUCUCCACCUAGAGACCCUCCUUCGGUUCCUGUUCCUCCCAGAAGCCUGGCCCCAGCUAUUGGAUACUGCAAGGCAUCGUACGACUACGAUGCACAGGAGCUGGGCGACUUGGCACUUCAGAAAGACGACCGUAUCGCUGUUGUGGAGCACCUCUCGCCAGAUUGGUGGAAAGGCUACAAGGUUCGAGACCCCAGUGUGGUGGGUGUGUUCCCUUCCAACUACGUCUCUGUGAUCAGUGAGCAGGAGUUUAAGAAUCUGACAAGACCCACUGCUGCUCCUAGCGAAAAGGCAAGCUACGAUUCUGGAAAGUUCAACCUGUACUCCUCGGGACCUCCAGCGUAUGAGACGUCAUCACCAGGCCCAAACUACGGGGGAUACCAGGUGCAACAGGGACAACCAAUGCCACAAAUGCAAAUGCAGCCUACUAUGCAAAUGCAGCCUCAGAUGGGGUCACCUUACGGCUACAACAACCAGUAUCCUCCAGCCAACUAUUAUCCUCCACAGCAACAGCAGCAGCCACAACAGCAACAACUAGCACCACCACAAGAGGCGCAGCAACAUCACACUGGAGGACUGAGUGGUAUGAAUGAACAUGCAAAGAAAUUCGGAAAGAAAAUGGGCAAUGCAGCAAUUUUCGGAGCAGGAGCAACCAUUGGUAGUAACAUCGUCAAUCUGAUCUUCUAG